UUCAUUGGAUUUACAUCAAAAUUUCAUUAAAAUAUUGAAAUUUUUGAGAAAAUUCUUUAACAUUUAUACUUUUUUUUAAAGAUAACAAUUAAAGGCCAUUUUGAUAGAACAGAAGAGCAAAAGAAUUACGAAGUUAGAAGAGAAGAACCAGUAACUCACGAAAGAUUUAACGAAUAUGCUUACUAUUAUCAAAAAUGCAAAGAAGAAAGACAACACGGAUAUUAUUUUAACCAUUAUUGUAUAUAUUAUAUGCAUCUAAUGACUGAAUUACGACAAUAUAAUAUUGAAAUUAAUUAUGAAAACUUACCCGAAUAUUUUAAGAAUGUUACGUAUAAACUUGCGUCAUGUUUCAGACAUUGUUACUAUAAUCACGUGGAUCGUAACAUUUAUGCUAAGAAUUCUGAUGGACAAAUUCGUAUCGAGUUCAACGUAUCUCUUCACGAUAAUGUAGCAGAUGUUUGUGUUUACGAACCACACGAGACUAUUCAUUAUUCUCACAUUUAUGUCCCUCAAUUCUAUCCGAUCAAAGUUUAUCAAUCUUAUUAUUACAGUAAUUUAAAGGAAUAUAUUAGGACUUAUUCUCCCCCUUUUUGCUCGGUGCAAAAAGAUAAAGUGAAGACAUUUGAUAACGUAACUUAUACGCUUCCACCUAUUGAUUGUUAUAAAAUUCUUGCUAAAGAUUGCUCACCAACACAACGUUUUCUUGUUCUUGGAAAGAAAAUUAAUCAUCCACGUUACGAGAAGGCUGUUAAAGUAUUUUUUGAUAAGUACAAAGUGGAAGCUCUACCAGUUUCUGAUGAAUCCGAUAUUAUUGUAAGAGUUAAUGGAAAACGAGUUACUGUUGUUGAAAAUGAACCGUAUUAUCAUUAUGUGACUAUUAACGAAAGGCAAUCACUUCUCUUUGUCAUUGCUUAUAAUGGUUUUUUCUAUUCAUUCCGUUCUCAUGUGUAUGGACUCUCUGUAAGCUACAAUGGAAAGGGAAUCUAUAUACAGCUUUCACCAAAUCAAAAAGGAAAACAAUGCGGCUUAUGUGGUGAUUAUAACGGAAAUAGGCAAAACGAGUUUAGAGGACCGGAAGGAUGUAUCUACCAUGAUGUUAGAAAUUUUGGUUAUAGUUACGCUAUACCAGAAGAAAAUUGUGAUGUUCCAAAACAUUAUAGUCCUUGUAGAGUAAAAAGUCACGAUUGCUUUCUAAAACGUAAUCCUUACGUUGAAGUUAAAAACAAAGUAUGUUUCUCUAUCACACCUAUCAUUACGUGUGAGAAAGGAUGCGAACCUAAAGGUUCAAUAAGGAUUAAUGCUCAUUUCCAUUGUCUUAAUGCUGCGGAUAAAUCAACAAAUCAACUUAAAAUAGAAAGCAAAUAUCGAAUUUUGGAAGAACUCAGUAAGAAAUCCAAAGAUUAUUCAGAAGAAAUCCAAUAUCCCGAGAGUUGCAUUCCAUCUGAACAUUAAUUUCUUUCAAUUGUUAUCAAUAAAUUUUGAACCAGAUAUAUGUACAUAAAAAUUGAGAA